AUGGAGACUGCUAGGAGUCUGGGAUUACCUGUCGGAUUUCAAUUUGAGCCAUCUGAAAUGGAGCUCUUGGCUCACUAUCUUUACAACAAGGUAAAUGGUUUACCGCUUUCUUCCAACGCAGUGAUUGAGUGUGAUCUUUAUGGAGAGGAAGAAACAUGGAGGAGGCUCUUCGACGAAACUGGUGAAACAAGUCUCUACUUUUUCACCGAGUUGAAGAAGAAGACGGCGAAAGGUUCACGUGUAGAGAGGACGACGUCACUGGGAGGCUGCGUUACAUGGAGAAACCAGAGCGAUAAGGCCAUCUAUGGAAAUGAUGGACCACCAAACAAGACUCUUAUUGGGUAUAAGCGAACGUUCUCAUAUGUUCCCAAAAAGACGUCCACCAAGGCAAAGGGAGAAAUGGUCAUGCAUGAGUUUAGGCUUGCUGGGUGCCUUCUCAACAACAACAAUCAAGCUAAAGACUAUGUUCUUUGUCGCAUCAUAAAUAAACAAAAGUUACAACCGACGAGGCUAAGAGACAAACAGAAUAUGAAUAUUGCCAAUGAGAAGAACGAACCAAAUGAUCAGGAAGUGAAUAUUGCCAAUGACCAGAAGGAUCAGGAGAUGGAUAUUGCCAGUGAAGUUUUAAAGCUUUUUUUUUAG